AUGGAGCCGGGAUCAUGGUCUGCGUAUCAGUCGUACGCCAACUCAAUAGCCGCAUCGCAAGCUAAUCAGUUAUCAUCUAACUUCCACUCAAUCGGAGCUCAUCACGCGUUCUCUAAUGUGGGAAGCAAUCCGAAUGCCGCACACUCAGGAGUUUCUUCACUGGGGAAAGAAGGUGGCCCCGGUGUUCUUCAAGGUGCCGGCCUGGGUGGUGGUCAUGGGUCUGUGCGCCCACUGUCACCAUGGCAAAGUAUGAUUCCGUUUGCAUCCAUUCAUCCCGUUGUGGAUCAGGAAGGCGUUCGGAAACACUCAGAGCUUGUUGCCGCGGAACAGAAGAAGCAAGAAGAACGUCGCAUGGCAGAAGAACGAAGGGCGGCAGAAGAGCGGCGGCUGGCCGAAGAACGACGUCAUCAGGCGGAACGUGAACGGCGUGAUCGUGAAGAACGUGAACAAAGGCGAAUAAAUGCCGAAAGAAUCCGUUUAGAACAGCAACAACGACUCGCCGCAGCGUCCAUGGCUGCUAUGGAGCACCAGCGUCGUGCUUUGGCUGAGCAGCAUAAGUUGCCCACCGCGUCCCAGUCCAGACAUCAACCUCAGCAGCGUAUCGUGGAACAGAACAAGAGAUACGGUUCCGCUUCGCAGCAAUAUGGAAGUACUGCCUCACAACCCGUAUUCCCGACGAAUGCUACGGUUUAUGUGGAGCCUGGGAUUUAUAAUCCGAACAGCUCCAAAAACUUCCAUGUUACGCAGCAAUCACAAGCUUCUCCGGCGAUGACAGGCUCUCCUUCCUCUCGGCCUGGCUCAGGCAGUGGGAACGGUCUGAACUCGAACACCAAUGGCCAGUUGUCAAGUCCAUGUGCAUUCGAAGGUCAACAGUAUGGACUGGCACAAUCCCAACAAUCUAUCCCGUUCAAUUUUUCCACAAACCAAAUAUCUCAGCAGGGAGAAGCCUACUUCCAGCAAAAUUAUGUCAACAACGCGUCGAAUUUCAGCAGUAACUCGUCGUAUCAUGCGGUGCUCAACAAGGGAGACGAAAGAAGCAACGCGUCCCCGCGCAACAAUGAGGACCUCUCCAUGCCUGCUUUGCAAUGCGUGGAAGUCAUGCGGUCGCCGAGCCCAUCUCACCCCGUGUUGAUCAACUUGGAUUCCAAGUCGGCGAUGAAGAGGAAGAGUUCUUCAGUGAAGCGUUCUUCGUUCAUCACACUUCAGAACGCUGCUGCACAACAAGCUGAACUGGAUAAUUACAACACUGAGGAAGGAUCGGGACCAUCAUUUGCUCCAAAUAUCUUCAUGAACCCGUAUGACGGGAAUUUUCAGCCUGUGGUACAAUUUCCACCUGCUGUUAUGUUUCCGCCGCACGGAUUGGGAGAGCAGGCCAGUGGAACCGGGAUCUCGCAGCAGCAAACCCAGUGUGCCGUGAAGGAAGAACCUCAAGUAAACUCAAAAAUUGUGACGCCUGAUGCUGAAAGCACUCUUGGUUUUCUGGCUUCCAAACCUGGCGCAGUUGCCAAAGAACCCGUGGAAGAACCUGAAAAAACGCGCUCCAAUGGAAUGAAUGUAGAACAUAAGCCGGUCGUCUCGAAGCCGUCUACAUCUGCACCGGCGAAAUCUGGCGCUUCCGCUGGCUUUCACGACAGCUUUCUAAAGUUUCUCAAAGGAGAGAAAGAGGAGCCAGAGCCGCCACCGAAAGUGAUAAAGAAACCGUACAUUCCCCCUCCUUCGCUGCCCAGGCCGCCACCACCUCCACCAACUGUGGUAGCUCAGUCUCCGCCGAAACCUGCCGUGAGCGCAGUCUCUACGCCGGUAGUGAAACCAAUUAAAAUAUCUACCCGCGGUAUGUCGACGGGUCCUCGGGGCGGUGCCACUCCUGGACGCGGCAGGGGCGCCGGCAGAGGAGGCAGCCGUGGGGCCGCUGCUGGUGUGACGAAACCCAGGGGAUCAACUACUCCUCGCGGCAGAGGUCGUGGACGAGGGGCAGCAGCUACGCCGGUUCUGCCCAGGGGAAGAGGUGGAGGCGGAGGAAGUGGGGGCGGCAGAGGCAGGCGAAAGCGGAAGGCGGACAGUGACGAUGAUGAGAUCGUUAUAACUGAAGAAAUCAUUCCGAAGCGAGAAACAAGCCGAAGGCAGGCGAAGGAAAAAGCCAAAGAGUUCAAGUUUCGUCAAGUCGAAGAUGAAUUGGACGAGGAAGAAGCCUUUGAUUCUGAUACGGAUCCUGCUUGGAUGCCAUCUGCAAAGCCGGGUUUGGGAAUUCACAUCGGAUCUGAGGACGACGGUUUCGAUAGAGACGGCAAACAUAAGAUUUUAAAAGACGCUCGAGCGAGGCAACGAGCGUUUGAGCCUCCGUCGUCCCCGUCUUCGCCAGUAGUAGCUUCACGGCCUGCGGACAAAGCACAAAUUGACAACAUAGACCCUUUAAAAGACGAAGAUUCCUCGAAUUUCAAGGUCGGGUCUAUGGUCAUGAUGAAGUCCGAUUUUCCGAGAGAUACAUUUCCUGUCUGGAAAAUUGAACGAAAUUCUUUGAUUCGGUAUGAACCAAUGACAAGCAUAAUCGGAGAACGGUUGUAUAAGAAGACUUCGAUGGACGUGCCUUGGUCCAUAUCUGAUAAAGACAAUCUUGAACCUCUGGAUUUUGAAGCCAUUGAUGAUCAAGGGAAGGAUUCGAUCGUCAGGAUCAGCAUCCCACUAGCCCUGGAGAUACGUAACAAAUUUUUUGAAUCGAGUAUGGCAUCCUCAACUGCAUUUCUGGAUAGCUUUGAAGUUUAUAUUCAAUCAUUGAUAUCGCAAGCUCUCGAUGCCAAUUUCCUCACCGAAAUCAUACGGGAUGACGAUAAAUAUUUUACUGAGAAGAUUGCCAUCAUCGAUUCGGAGUGCCAGAAACGACGACAAGUCGUGACCAACAUCUGUGGUUGGAACGACAUGUUCCGCGAGUCCGUGGACGCCUGGCCCUGUGUGAAUUUCGUAUCCUGCAACAAACCCCCUGAACCCUUCGUAUGUGGCGCCUGUGCAAAAAAUGUCGCUCCGUUCCCGCGGAACAAGACGUUGCUUCAGCUGUUCGGACAGCGGUACGACGGAACUACUCUGAAGAAUCUAGCACCUCCGGAAUCGGCUGAAGAGUUGCCCAAGCGGCAAUAUGAGAUAUGCAGGGAAUGCGAAACACUUGUAGCGGAAUACGCCAGGGUUGUGCAUUUGAAAUACGACCUCUACGGGCAGUGUGCGUCCCGCGUGACGUCCAUUAGAGCUGCGCGACCUGAGAUGGAGUCUACGGUUAUACUCAACACACUUCUUGCCGAAGAAAAAUGGGUGCAGAAGAUGUUCAAAGGUGUGCAGAGGAACUGGGCUCGUCUGGAUAAGACAACCAAACUGAAGGAUUUGUCUUAGCUGUAUGAACACAGAGCGGCUUUCUUGUAAGGAAAGAAGCCGUGCCAAAUUACUGAACAGCAACAAAAAAACGUAGGGUGAGAAGAAUUCCCCUCCUCCCUCAUCCCCAGUGUAGUCCCCUUUCGAAUGUAUCCGAUCAGGAUCCGAGCCAGAGGCGAAAUCCGCAGAAACGCGAGUACAGUGUUGUUUGUUUGUGGUUCAGUUGUGUGAAUGAGUGUUCUACAAAAAAUGAUCUUCGGGCAGUGUUUUUUUUUUUUUUUUAUAGAAAAGGAUGUUUUUUUCUGGUCCUGGUGCCUCCCGUGUGCCUCGGUUACGCACUUUCGGCAUUGGCUUACUGUGGAAUUUUGGAAAGCGAGGCUUGGGGGAACGAACGCGUUUGUAUUUUGUGUCGCUUGUGAAUCUCAUGGCGAGCGAUUUAAAAAAUCGCGUGAGGUAGAAAAGUAUUUGUAUUAACCAGUUUCCGGAGAUUUUGUCACCCCUUUUUAUGGAGGAUUGCCAUUUGCUUUUGAAAACUUGUUUAACUUUUAUGUCUGAGUACAAUUAAUUCUUCUUUUGGUGUGGUGGUAACUUUUUUGUGCCUUGGCAGCUCUUUUUUUUAUUUUGUUUUGAAAAGUAGAGGAAUAUUUUGUCCAAUGUUCGUUCAUUAAAUAGUAUCUUGGAAGCUUGGUUCGUAAUGAUAAUGUUUUUGCAGAAAUCGCGUUUCGCUGGUUUGCAAGUUUUGUAAACGGUUUUCUAAGGGGAGGAAUUUUGCUUGAUAUGGAGUGAUUGGCAUUCUUUGUUUUUUCCUCUUAUGAUGGGUAUUCUUUGUUUUUUUUUAGUUGAGACCGUUUUGGAAAAGUUUUUUUUCAACAGACCUUGAUGCCAUGUUAUGUACAGAAUUUUCUUUUGCGGAAGAUUUCAGGAGGCAAAUAUCGGGAAGUGGAAUCCAUGACGUUGCGGCGAGUAAUUGAUUCGCAGCGGUUUUUCCUCCUCCUAUGUUUUUCUUUGCAAAUGAAAAUUGAGUACGAUUUUUUCCUUCCCGUGUUGUUUAUUUGGUUGCCAUCGGGG